AUGGCAGCUCAGUCAACUGAAUUCCACCAAUUUUCCCGUCUGCCUCCAGAAAUUCGUCUGCAAAUCUGGUUCAACUGUCUUCCUCACAGGGUCGUACAAAGAGACGACCCUCUCUCUUCUGGAGAUAUCCAAAGAGAGCAGAUGUGCUGGUCUCUGCGAUCGUCUCAACGGAAUGCUUCCCUGCCGCUCAUUGCCUCCGUUUGCCGCGAAUCGCGGGGCGUAGUGAGAAAAUGGGGCAAGUUGGUCUUGCAGGACUACUGGUUCAAUCUGGGGCCUAUAUGGGUCCAGCCUCGCCUGGACUUUUACAACCUUAACUGCAAUGGCAUGUCGUGCUGGGAAGGCGAUGAUAUUCACAUCGUCAUGGAGUUUUUCGAGGAGGGGUUUAGUCGAUUGGACAUGAUGCCGCUUGCGCUGAGAGCAGAGUAUUUUUUCCAAUUCAGCCUGGAUCCGCCACCAGAACUCGAUGAGUUUUCAGACUACCCUCAUCUUGAAAUCUACGAGAGAGCGAGACCGCGCGGCAUGCCCAGUAUGGACGACCCAUACAAUGAGUUUGCGAAAAUUUCAGAGAGACCAUUUGCGAGAGUUUCUCAAUCUGCUACCUUGGCUUUCAUCUGCAUUCAUGCCACUGAAGCGCAAGCUGCAGAGUCUGGUCUCUUCGGCCUACUUCUCGAUGCGCCCGUACAGCUGGUGGAUUGCGAUGACGAGAAAAGGCUAAGGGCAUUCCAUGAUCUCUUUACAAACGGCCGCCGCUCCAACAACAAAAGACUCCAUGUCCGCAAGCAAUUUGACUCCAUCUUGGCGCCCGACUUCAAGUGUCGAGUGCAAAACUGGAGGGAAAAGGUGGAUUGGCUUAUGAUGACCUACGCGUGGCUGCGAGCGAAAUAUAGCAAUAAACAUUUCAUUCCAAUCGAUGGGGAUCCAGGUUUGGCCUGGAGUCCACCACUUAUGGAUGACCACGCCAUUCUCUACAUGAACAACAAAGAAGAGCCGAAGAAAACAAACGUGUUCAAUGACCGACACCCAUGGGUGAUACAAGCGAAGAAAGAGUUACCAAGAAUCACACCGAAGAUACAGUUUAUUCUUUGCACCGAUGAAUGUGAUGCAGACGACGAUAUUAGCAUGGAACGCGACAUGGGUAUUCCGCGUGGCGGUCACAGUCCCUGGUUUAGGACCAAACUUACAUAUGCUGAUCUUCCAGAAAUUCCAUAA